UUCCGACAUUACUAUGGAAACUUGGCGAAGCUACCAAAUCUGAAGACCUGCGGUAAGGCUCAUAAACUUCACAUUUUCUGCAAGGAGACUAUCAAAUAGUGUACACUGAGGCCUACACUUUGUUUUGAAAAUUCAGUAUUAAAAAAAAGGCAUCUUCAUCAUGGCGACUGAAGAGGACCAACAGAAGCAGCGCCCUCCAGAGCCAGUGAUUAUUACAAUCUUGAGAUCAAGAAAUUUGAAAGGAAGCAAAGGCGAAACUCUGAACUCUCUAGUCCGUGUGGAGUAUGGUUCUAACGUCUUGGGUGAAUCCGCCAAGGUAGAUGCUGGACCAGACCUGACCACCGAGUAUAACUUCAAUGCCAAGUUUGACUGUGGUUUCGAUGACCCGGCCAUCAUAGAUGAAAUCGCUUACAAACCAGUUCUAGUGACCUUUGUGGAAGUGCUUCCUAAAGAGAAGAAACAGAAAGAGGAGAAGACUGUACUUCUGGGUCAAUGCACUAUAGACUUGCUACCACUUGUCAAGGGAGAAACAAGAUAUAAGAGCACCCUACAGAUCCAUCCCCUGCAAGGCUCUCCCCUGGAGGGAAUACCACCUGAUGCCCCAAGGCCUGAGAUGGAUGUAGUUGUGUAUGUGAAUGAUCCGCUGCUGACCGAAGACCAAUUGAAGAGCGGUAAUCUAAUCACCAUCACUGCAGAGACUCUAUACUCGGUACCUGAAGCAUGGAAUCCAACCGGAACACAAUAUAUGUACAAUGUCACUCUACCUUUCCCACUUACAGAAGAGCGAGAGUCUGUGGUGGUAAUGUCCAAUGGCGUCCUUAAAGCAGCAAACGAUAAAGAAAUACCAUCCAAACAGAAGAAAUGGCCUGUCCCAGGUGGCGCCCAGGGUAAUGCUAUCUACAUUCCAGACAAAUUUGUGCAACCAAGUUGUGAAGAACAAGAAGAUGGGGAACUGACAAGCAAAGAGGAUCGGGAUUUCAGAAUGGAAGCAGAGAAUGAGAAGAACAGAGUAUACUGGAAUUGUGAAAGAAGAGCUUUUAUGGAUCCAUCAGCUGUACAGAGCCUGCAGACAAAGAUAGCCAAGACAAGAUACUGGCCGGUUGAGAUCAUGAGAAUGCCUAUGCCCUCUGCUGCUAAAACAAAAGGAAAAGAGGAAGAAAAUCCUAUAUUCUUUCAUGGAGUUGCUUUCAUUAACAUGGCUCCACUGCUUUAUCCUGGAGUGAAAAAGAUUCGUGGAGCAUACAGAGUUCAUGCUUUUACUGAGCAAGAAGUCAUGGAAAAGUGCAAAAGAAAGGGUGGUUUAGCUGAUGAGGCUGCACGCAUGGCAGCCAACAUGCUGCGGAAUGCAUCUCCCUUUACCAGAGGAGGAGGGAAAGGAGGAAAAGAAGAGAAAGGGGGUAAAGACAAGGAUAAAGAAAAGGAUGCAGCUACCAAAAAGCAACCCUCCCAGAUGAUGAAGCUUGGUGCCCCUGGGACAGAGGGGGCGGUAGACCCAGAUGCCCCACCCCCACAGAACUUAGAGGGCAUGCAAUAUGAUGAGGCACGGAGCUACAUCAUUAUAGAAUUUGAGCUGGAGUCACCUAUCGUACCAAAGAGGGCCCCGGAAGAGUUAGCAAAGAGAGUUGCUGAGCUUGUUCCACCCAGACCUCUCUUUCCAAGGAGGACCAACGGAGCACAGAAAGCAGUAGAAGACUUCCAUCAUCAGGUAGCAAGCAUCAGCAAACUUGUCCUGGAAGAAUUCAGGGGAUUGUUUGGAGAUCUUGGUGAUUUGAGUAAGAGCAGUGGUGCAGCACAGGAGGAAAGAAGAAGAAAACUAAUCUAUGAGCUCAAUACUACUGGAAAAUACUUUGCCUUCAAGGAACAACUAAAGCAUUCUGUUGUAAAGAUAGUAAGAGAAAAGUACCUGAAGACAAGCACAUUUGAUGACAAAGAAGAAUUACAGGCAUUCCUUAGUGAGCUAUACGUCUUCUUGGUCGACCAGAUGCAUGUUGGAAUUGGUAAGGUGCUUUCGUUGGAAGAUGAGACCCCUGUACCCGCCCCUCUCACAGACUCCGCCCAGCUCAAGCACUUUGCCAGAGAGGCCGAGGUCAAUGAGAACUUUGAACUGGCAUCAAAAUACUACCAGGAGCGCAUUGCAAGGAAUAGGAAUGAUGCUGAUCAUUGGUUUGACUAUGGAUGCUUCUGUCUGUACAUCAAUGACAUAGCAAAGGCGGAAGAGUGCUUUAAGGAGACCAUCUCUAUCAACCAGCAACAUCUUUAUGGUCUUCUGCUCUAUGGGGUAGUGUGUGCUAUGGAGGAAGGUAAUGAAGCAGCUGAGACAUUCUUUGAAGCUGCUACCUGUGUUGAUCCCUCAAGCAUCUUGGCUUGGACUAUGUUAGGUCUCUACUAUGAUGGUACUGACUGUGACAUCCAGGCAGAGUAUGCCUUGAUGGAGGCACGACGUCUCAAUGUGGCUCAUGCCGCUGCCAAGCAGAAGGAGUGCAAGGCUGUUGCUGCUGCGGCUGCUGCUGCUGCAGCUUCUGCACCAGACAAUGUGAUAGAGGAAGAAGAGGAGGAGGUAGCCGCUCCCCCUGGGGAGGGAGAGGACCAACAGUCGGGCGUGAUGGGCCAAGAGAAUGGGGAAGGUGAUGGAUCCAAGAACGGAGAAGAUAUGUCCAGUGAAAAAGGAAGCAGUGUCCCAACAGUCAAUAAAAUUCCUGCUACCCCAACUGAACUAUCUAAGAGUCAGGCCAAAUCACCAGCGGUCAAGCCUGCUCCUCCAGCCGCUGCCCAGGUCAAGAAGAGGAUGUCCAUUUCAUCAAAAGUCCAUCCCCAUCGUCAUAAUCAUCAUCAUCGUCGUCGUACUCUCUUAGGUCCAGAGCAGGUCAAACGAACAACCAGUGCUACUAGUCAGAGAGCAGGCAGUGUCAAGGGGGUCAGUCGGCCAGGCUCUGCAGUUGCCGAACCACAACAGGAGGGGGAAGAAGAAGGCGGGGCCACUCAAAAGGAAAGUCCUCCCGUCCCAGAGACCACGAUCUUUAUGAUUGCUGUGGAGUUCCUACUGGAGGUUAAAGGCAUGCAGUUCUGUGAACGUGCACUGGCCCAUGAAUUGUUAGACCCACUGGGAGGACCAACCACAGCCUAUCAUGUAGCCCUGGCUAGACUCAAACUACAGAAGAAAGCCUUAGAAGAAGCCAAUGAGAGUCUGAACCAAGCACUGGUACUAAACUAUCAGGACCCUGAUGCAUGGUCUAUCUUGGGCCAUCUUCGUUACCUUCAAGGUAACUUUGAGGAGGCCAAGGAUUGCUAUGAGAGGACCUUGUCUUUCGUUGCUGAUGCCAGGGAGAUGCAUGCCAUUUACCUUCGUCUGGCUUCCAUUUAUCUCCAAGAUGGACAGUAUGAUAAAUCCAAGACAAUAUUCCUGCUUGCCUGUAAGAACUCUCCAUCUUGCAUAUCAUGGCUUGGUGUAGGCAUUGCAUGCUUCAGGCUUGGAGAACUGUCUGAGGCAGAGGAUGCUCUCUGUGAGGCUAACAUACUGAACAACAGUGACCCUGAGGUUUGGGGCUACCUGUCACUGGUGUGCCUUAGGACCGAUCGGCAGCAGGAGGCCGAGCAGGCCUACAAGUACUCCCUCAAGGUCGGACUAUCUGAUGAAGGGCUCCUAGAGGAAAUCAACAAGACGCAGGAGGAAGUGGGGUUUGGUAACCCACAGUUCUGAGUAAAGACACAGAGUAACAUUGCUUCUAUCAAUGUCAAAGAUGGUUCUGGAGGGGGUUUCACAGAGUGAAAGUGUAAUGUAAAGUCUUAAAAACAAAUGAUCUAAUGGCAGUUGGCAUCAUCCUUUUGAUGAAUAUGCAGAAGCGCAUACCCUGUGUGUGAAGCAACCAUGACAGCGAUGCCUUAUGCUUGUAUUCUAUAAAUAUACACUUCAUUUUCAAUCACAAUUAUGGAAAGCCAACAACGCAAACUUCUAAAAUGCAUGUUUAUUCAAAAUGUUUCCUAGAUAUGAUGUAUGUUCAGGGCCCAGGGUGUUUCAUAAAACUGGUUAUAGAGUUAGACAUGACUUUACAAGUGACUCGAACACCUUGCGGUAAAUGAAAAAGCCAUAAUUUUCCCUGGUGUGGAAGUUAAUUUCAUUACUUUAAUCACAUUUUGACAAAUAUUAUAAAUUAUAAAAUUUGCAUUGAAUUGCUUUAGCAACAAGAAGUUUUAUCAUUAUAAGAUUUUAUUUCAAACUCUAGCUGAUGAUGAUUCAAAUGAUUGAGCACCCAAUAACAUUUUCUAGUCAAUCAUAAAAUCAUGCUUCACUUUAAUAUCAGAGUUAUGAACACACUCUGUGAUGUACUAACAAAAUCCAAAAUAAGAGGAAGGGGUGAGUCGGUGAUAUAUGACAACAUGCAUCAACAGGAAAUCAUUUUCAAUGGUUUAAUAUGCUCUUAGCAUUGAUAGAACUUAUUUUAACCUAACUCAACCACACUUAUAGAAUGCUAGUGGCUUAAUUAUUCACAAAGUACAGAUUAGUUAUAUCCUGCUGUGAAUAUGAAGAGAAUGAAAGUAUGAAUAUAAAAUGAAUUUCAUGAAUUAACUACUAAUAAACUAUGUCUGUCAUUGAUAUUGAAGAAGAAACCUAGCAUUCCAUGCAAGUGUAGAUUGGAAUUAAGCCUCGGUUGAAUUAUGAAAAAGCCAUGCAUGAAGGUUUAAUCUUGCAGGUUAUUCCUAAAAAGCCUUGCCAAGUUGAGCUUCAUCUUUCUACAGAAUAGCACAUUGUCUUUCACCAUAUUUAAUUAAACAUCUUCCUAUUUGUUUUCAUUGUUUUCCCUUCCCCAAUAAUGCACUACUCUUUAGAUUGUAAAAGCAGUGGAUUCUUCAUCCUUCUCUUGACAUUGAAAUAUUUUUCAGGUGUUCUAUAUUGAAUUUUAAAGAUAAAGCAAUCCAUAUAUUAUCUUCUACUUUAUAUUUCCGUCCAAGCCACCUCGUCUUCAUGCAAACAGUUAAUAGUAAAUAUACAAAUUACUUGAGGUAACUUGUAAAUAACUAUUGUUUUAUUAUUAUGUACAUAAUGUAAACAUGUAUGUAUUUUGUAUAAUUACAAUAUUAUUAAAUGAUAUAUACAUUAAUGUAAGUAAUGAAUUUGAAGUUUUAAUAAAUAUAUCUAAAUG